GCUGUCCGUCGGGGCGCGGUGCCGAUCGCCGAGCCGCUCGAUGGGGCGGCCAUUUGCCGGGCGGGCCCGCAGCGCGCUGAGCGGCGGGGCCGCGCUGCCCCCCGGCGGCAGGGAGCCAUGCCCCCCAAGUUCAAGCGGCACCUGCACGACGACGAGGUCACGGGCUCGGUGAAGAGCGAGCGGAGGAACCUUUUGGAAGAAGAUUCGGAUGAAGAGGAAGACUUUUUCUUGAGGGGGCCUUCCGGACCAAGAUUUGGACCCAGAAAUGACAAGAUCAGGCAUGUCCAGAACCAGGUGGACGAAGUCAUCGAUGUCAUGCAGGAGAACAUCACCAAGGUGAUUGAAAGAGGCGAGCGGCUGGACGACCUGCAGGAUAAAUCAGAAAGCUUAUCGGACAAUGCCACAGCUUUUAGCAACAGAGCCAAACAGCUCCGGAGGCAGAUGUGGUGGCGAGGCUGCAAGAUGAAGGCGAUCAUAGCGCUGGUGGUGGUUGUCCUCCUGCUCGUGAUCAUCAUACCCAUAGUCCUGAAGUACCGCACCUGAUGGGGCAGCCGAGACGUUGAUGGAGCUGGCUCUGGGAUAACCAAACUGCUGUGUAACUUAAGUGAGAUACCUGUAUAUAGCUUUGAAGUUGUUUUUCUCCGGGGAGGCGGUGGCGGCAAGUAGCCAGCUCUAACAGAGCACUGAGAACUGCCAAACGACCCUUUUUUUUUUUUUUCUUUCGGUCGAGUACCCGGCUCCCGCUGACGUUUUUAUAACAGAAGAUUCAGUUCCCAAAACGCUCGUUUCGUGGCAUGCUGGGUCUCUGCUUUGGAGCUGGCUACUUGCCGUCACGGUGUAUCUGUAUAUAUGGUUGGGUUGUAAUAAUGCUUCCAGUUGGAGCAGUUCCCUGCUCCCUGCUGCGGAAGGCAGAGGGGGCUCUGUCCUUUCCCCAGGGUGAAGGAGGAGGAAAACAGCAAAAGAGAAACGUGCCACUGAUUAUGUUACAGGAAACUGACCCUUCGGUGCAGAACUGCAAGGGUGGUGUUUUUCUCGUUUGCAAAAAGAAAAAAAAAAAAAAUUAGGUUUUACAAUCCCGAAGACUUUAUUUAUGGUCCUGCCAUGGGAAUGCACAAGCUCGGUGUUUUCAGUAUUGCUGCUUAAAGCUGUGACUAAAGACAUUCCAGUAAACCUAUUUUUGACUGUA